UGUUUAUUUUUUUUUAAUUCAGCAGAAAAGUGGGGUGCAUCUCUUCCUUCUUGGGAACAGGUUGUGUUUCCGGUUGUUGGUCUAGGCAUGCUGGGAUUGAUUGCUACUGUAUGUUACCUACGGUCAGAGAAAACAAAUGAUCAAGACAAAGUGACUUCGAAGAUGUCUAACGAAGGGGAAAAUGUGGCUGCAAUUGGAAUGGACGGAGGAUCUGAAAGAGAAGGUGAAACUGAGGAGGGAGCAGUUGGCGGAACUCCAAGGCCUGAACUGCAGGGUCAUUACGCCAGCAUCUGGUUUGAUCCGGAAGUCGCAGGAACCUCGGGAAUCAGACGUAGCGAGGAGCCUACUGUAUAUGCACAGAUUGACUUCAAUGCUUCUACCAGACUGAUAAAGAAGGGUAAAGGGAAGGGCAAGAAAAGCAGAGUGUAGAGAAUUGAAAAAAGGCUAAUCUGGAAUAAGAGGGUUCAUCUCUUAGCCUGAUCUAAAUCCGUAAGUC